CCCCGGAGACUGCACCCCGCAGAUCUGCGGCUGUCACCAUGCCACAAAAUGAAUAUAUUGAAUUACACCAUAAACGCUAUGGAUAUCGUUUGGAUUACCAUGAGAAAAAGAGAAAAAAGGAGAGUCGAGAGGCUCAUGAACGUUCAAAGAAGGCAAAAAAACUGAUUGGCCUGAAAGCUAAGCUCUACCAUAAACAGCGCCAUGCCGAGAAAAUUCAAAUGAAAAAGACUAUCAAGAUGCAUGAAAAGAGAAACACCAAACAAAAGAACGAUGAAAAGACUCCACAGGGAGCAGUUCCUGCCUAUCUUCUAGACAGAGAAGGACAGACUCGGGCAAAAGUACUUUCCAACAUGAUUAAACAAAAACGAAAAGAGAAGGCGGGAAAAUGGGAAGUCCCGUUUCCCAAGGUUUGUGCCCAGGGAGAAACAGAAGUAUUAAAAGUGAUUCUAACAGGGAAGAGAAAAAAGAAGGCCUGGAAAAGGAUGGUUACUAAAGUCUGCUUUGUUGGAGAUGGCUUUACAAGAAAACCACCUAAAUAUGAAAGAUUCAUUAGGCCAAUGGGCUUACGUUUCAAGAAGGUCCAUGUAACACAUCCUGAACUUAAAGCCACCUUUUGCCUACCAAUACUUGGUGUGAAAAAGAAUCCCUCAUCUCCACUAUAUACAACUUUGGGUGUUAUUGCCAAAGGUACAGUCAUUGAGGUGAAUGUGAGUGAAUUGGGCCUUGUAACACAAGGAGGCAAAGUUAUUUGGGGGAAAUAUGUGCAGGUUACCAACAACCCUGAAAAUGAUGGAUGCAUAAAUGCAGUCUUACUGGUUUGA